CCGGAGCCGCGGAGUGGGGCCGAAAGGGCAGAUUCUUCCCGGUCGCCGUUGUCCGCGGCCUGCGGCGGCUCCGGCGCCAUGUUCGGCUCCAGCCGCGGCGGCGUGCGCGGUGGGCAGGACCAGUUCAACUGGGAGGACGUGAAGACCGACAAGCAGCGGGAGAACUACCUGGGCAAUUCGCUGAUGGCGCCCGUGGGCCGCUGGCAGAAGGGCCGGGACCUCACCUGGUACGCGAAGGGCCGCACGCCGUGCUCCGGGCCGAGCCGCGAGGAGGAGCUGGCUGCCGUACGCGAGGCGGAGCGCGAGGCUCUGCUGGCCGCGCUCGGCUACAAGAACGUGAGGAAGCAGCCCACAGGCUUAAGCAAGGAAGACUUCGUGGAGAUCUGCAAGCGUGAGGGAGGCGAACCGGAGGAGAAGGGCGUGGACCGGCUGUUGGGGCUGGGCAGUGCCAGUGGCUCCGCAGGCCGUGUGGCGUUGUCCCGAGAAGACAAAGAGGCUGCCAAGCUGGGGCUGUCGGUGUUCACGCACCACCGUGUGGACAGCGGCGGCCCAGGCACCUCCGCCACCGCUGCCAGGAAGAAGCCUCGAGCUGAGGACAAGGCUGAACAGGGGAUAGAGAGCCACAAGAAAACCAAGAAAGAAAAAAAGAAAAAAAAGAAGAAACACAAGAAACAUAAGAAGAAAAGAGACAAAGAACACAGGAGGGAGGCAGACACCCCCUCAUCAUCUUCCUCUCCAGCUCGGCCAAGGCACCAUGGACAUGAUUCUGACUCUUCUUCUCCCUGCUGUAAGAGGAGGAAGUGGGGACACAACGGGGACAGUGGGAGGAAUCCAUCCCACAGACAACAGGACAGAAGUUCUGAUGACUGAGAAAGUGGCUAUACCAAAUGACGCUAGAGCCCUGGUUGCCUUGAGCUCUGAAUGCCAGGUGGCUACCAACUCUUACCUUGCUUGUCUGCUAACAAGCUUAAAGGAGCCCUCCUAUCUGGCUGCUCCCUGGAAUGACCCUGAGCCUUGGGAGCUGGCUGGGCACUCAGGGGGACCUUUAUUCAGGGCCUGAAGCAUGGGAGUUGGGUGCUCGGAGUAUCUGCCUGGGAGGUUCCUGCAGAGAUCAGACUUGGUGCGAGCUGCGCUGUGGUGGACCAGGUUGAGAGCUGGCUGUGGGACUGGUUACUUCUACCAUUUGUGUAAACUCACUUUGUACCUAAGUAAAUGUAUUUUACACGUA